AUGAGUGAUCAUGAUGUACAACAGCACAAUGAUGAGCCUGACUACAUGGAUCGACCGAAGUUGGUUAGGUCUCCAGUUCUGAAUGCAAUCCAGUACUAUGCAUUGACAGUAAAGCCAGUUGGUGAGGCAAUCCAUUCAAAUCUGAAGCAACUGAUUAUGUCUGGAGAGUGCAAAUUGGUGCGCUCAGCAAGUUGCUGCGACUGCAGGGAAAUCAUGUGGAAGAUAAUGGAGCAAGUAAAGGCAGAAUCUGAUCAAUGGACUGAGAUGCAAGAUAUGUUGGAGCAGGUCAGGUUGGAGAUGCAAGAGCUGCAGUCUGUUAAGUUUCGCAUUGGUGCAAUAUACCUACUGUCUGGUUUUGGUGGCAGCAUGUUGUCUGCACUCUUCCUACGGAACAACUACAUCUCCGUUGGUGCUUCUGGAGCUCUAUUUGGCCUGCUGGGAUCCAUGCUUUCUGAACUACUCAUGAACUGGACUAUAUACUCCAACAAGGCAGCAGCUAUAAUAACACUGUUGUUUAUUAUGGCACUCAAUUUGGCUAUUGGGAUACUACCUCACGUUGACAACUUUGCUCACAUUGGUGGAUUCGCGACGGGUUUCCUCUUGGGUUUUGUUCUGUUGGCAACGCCUCAAUUUAGCUGGAUGGAAAGUCAUGAGUUGCCACACACUAACCAACCUCCCAAGUACAAAGCAUACCAGUAUAUUUUGUGGGUUGUGGCACUCGUCUUACUGUUAGUUGGGUUUGUGAUUUCACUGGUGAUGCUUUUCAAAGGGAAUAACGGGAUGGCUGCCAUUGGUGCCACUACUUGA